AUGGAGGAGGGCAUCAACGUCGACGACCUCUUUGGGGAGCCCAAUUCCUUGGAGCUGGGUCUUCAAGCUGCUCCCCCGUCCACCAAAGGUCUCGCCCAGUGUUUGGACGAGUUGCGCCUGUUGGGCUGCCGACAGAAGAUUACCUGGUCUCGAAUGGGCUGUAUUGCUUACAUCUCCCCUGACGGAACCCGAGUGAAUGUCCGGCAUCUCCAAUGUCGCCCAUCGGAUGGGAAGUGGGUUCUGAGCGAGGAGUCCUCGCUGGGACCCAUUACUGAAGCCCACAGUGGUAGUCAGUUAAUUCAUCUAUCGUGGAACGAGACCGGGUCGGAGCUGGCCGUGGUCGAUUGCUUGGGACGAGUCUCCAUCUACUCAAUAUCCAUGGCUCUGAAUAGCAUAACGGGGCUGCGCCAAGCGUCUUUUGACUCGAGCGAUGAUAGCAACCAGGUUGUCGGUAUGAUGUGGCUCAACACUUCCCGCUCCGUCCAUGCCUUUCACCAGGCGGCCAAAGUGAACGGCCGAUGGGCAUAUUCGCCCUUCCGUCGACGCCCAAUUGGCCCUUUUCACCCUGCCAAUAAGGGCGCACUAAUCUGUGUGACCCGAGCAGGCCAGAUCAGGCUCAUGUACCAAAACCCGGAUAGCAAGUGGGCCGAAUUGCCUGCUGAACUCAAGAACACUGGGUAUUCAGACAGGCUUUUGACACACGCAGCCUUGGUUGCAACUCAAGCUGGAAUCUUGAUUGCCACCUACUCGGUGUGCCAGAAGAUCUGUCUUUACCGGGUACACAUCACCUGGAAUCCACCGCAAUGGGACCCAAGCCAGGCCAAACAACCAAAUCAGUUCCCUAUUCCUACCUUCCGCUUUCUCCACUGCAAAAUCGAUAUGCCCAGCAGUAUCUUCAGUGUCAACCGUGGCGCUGAAGAACAUACGGAUCAGCCAAUGCUGUUCCCUAAUUUCGUCUACUCGUUAACUCGACUCGAUAUCAUGCCGGGUCAGAUUGAUAGCCCAUCAGGAUCAACAGCGAGCCCAUGGAUACUUGCUGUCUUUUCCAAACCUCUUCACGCUACCCCUGAAUACCCAGAACAACAAGGCCCGCCAAGUGUGAUUGUGAGAUGGCAUUUGGAGUCUGCGCCCCAAUCAUUCCAUCCCAAGUUCAAUGAAGUCAACUCAAAGAAGAAUAGUCCACAAAACAAGUCCAAAAUGAAUCUUCGUCGACUUGAGGAUAUCUAUUGCGAUAAAUACAUCGUCUCGGUGGACCUAGUUGAGCACGGCACCGCCUUGGCCAUCACCCACGAUGACAGCUCCAUCACAUUCUACGACACAAGAACCAUGGCCGUCUUCAAUGGCAUGGACGAUACAAGCACGGUGACCUGUUUGGCCCAGGCAGGUUUCCAAUACCCAAUGGACACCCCGGGUUUCUCUGUCAGCUUCUCCCCGAACUCAUGCGCCGCCGUAAUACUCGACAGCGAGGGACAAACACAGCUACGCCUGAUGGAGCAUUCAUUUGGAUCGGCCGGCAGUCUCUACGACGAGACGAAGUUUUCGUCAGCCAUUGCUGCAUUGACCCUUGCAUUCAGCCGCGCAUGCGGAGCCGAUGUCAACACCGACGACAUUCUCAUGGUGGCUCUACGGCAACUUUCAUCAGAGGCCCAGGCUACGUUUAUCAACGAGAUCUUCCGUGCAUUGCCUGUCAACUGCAACUUUACGACUGAGCAGGAAAAGCUCAUGACCCAUCCGUAUAUUCCGCGGUGCUUGAGCUUGCAGGCUGCACUGGGCUUCAAAGGGAGGCUCAAUAAGCGAAACCUCGCAUCAGCAGUGCCCUGGGCGAUUCUUCAGCUUCGUCAUGCAUCGGUUCUAUAUGCAUACUUCUUCCAGAAUAAUAGAGAAGGGCAAAGCGAUGCACUUGAUCCCGAAAUUCUACGCAUGAUAUUCGGAAACACAAAAUGGGCUCUGGAUUUCGACCAUUUCAUCCUGAGCGAGAUCUUCGAUCUUGCCGACGAAUUCGAGAGUAUCUUUACCGAUCAAGAGGCCUUCACUCAGAAAUUAAAAUCUACAAACUCCCUCGUCCUCAUCAUCCUCCUCUCCAGCAUGUCCCGCGCAUUCCUGAAAUUCAUCUGCCGAGGCCUCCGUGGCGUAACAGCCGGUUUCGCAAAAAUCAACCCGAUAAUCCUAAGCCCGGACUCACGCGUCUACUACACCGAGAUCCUCCAACUACUCGAGUCCUCGCCCAUCCGCAUAGACCUCUACGAGAAGUUCCUAUCAGGUGUCGACUCCGCCGUCAAACACGCCUACCAAGGCGCCGGCUUCGGCGAAGCAGAGCGGCCAGGCCCUGAAAAGGAACUCCUGGUUAAUGGGCGCAUCCCACCGGUCCUGGUCACUGCCGUCGCUACGCUACUGAGACAGACCGUGCCGGCUAUGAAGGCCGAGAUUAACCGCAAGGAUGUCGUGCUUGGUGACUAUGCCUGGCUUGGGUUUGGUAGUGAUGCUCGCACGGCGAGUUAUCGCAAACAUCGGGAUGUCGAUAUCCUGAAGAAGUUCCCUCUCAGGCCGCCGAUGACUGUGGGGAGGAAUGAGAGAGUUGUUCAGCCGCAAAAGAGAAGACGGUGUGUCCGGUGUUGUGAGGUUUCGGGGGAUACGGUGCUGCCGAGGUCGUUGCCUUAUUUCAAAAUGGUUGCCAAGUUGAAUCUGCUGCGCUCUUGUCCUUGUGGUGGGAUGUGGAUGCUUGAGACAGAGAGUACGGACUCGUCAGGGGCAGGUUUGUCGCUGUCGCAUCAGAACUAG